UCUAGGCUGGUCGCGACUAGCCGAGUCGGGAGCAGAUCGAUGCUCCCCCGGUGUAGUUCGUGAGGACGAGAAGGCCAGCCGUGGAAUCUUCGCCCGGGCGGAACCAGUCGACGCCAGCGAUGAGAAACACAGCCCCGUCCAGGCGUCAGAGAGUGUGAUGGCACUUCUUGGUUGUCAGCUUGACUACAUUUGGAAUUAACUAAAACCUCAAAAUGGAGGGCACAGCUGUGAAGGAUUUCUACUUAAUUUGAAGAUGGAAGAUCUACUCCUAAUCUGAAUCUUUGAGGUGCAGAUCAUGUCAGAGGACAUCAACGGCCCUGCAGAGCCCCUGGUGGGGUCCAGCACCCUCUGGCAGGACCUCAGGGUACUCCUGCCUGAUACAGAGGGGGAGCUGAAGCUGGACUUGGGUGAGAAGGUGGACAGAAGCAUGACUGUGCUGCUACAGCAGGCUGUGGGCCUGUUCUAUGCAGGACAUUGGCAGGAGUGCCUGCGGGCCAGCGAGGCCAUCCUGGACUACUCCUGGGAGAAGCUCAACACUGGGCCCUGGCGGGAUGUAGACAAGGAAUGGCGCCGUGUGUACUCCUUCGGCUGCCUCCUGAAGACCCUGUGCCUGUGUCAGGCACCACAGAAGGCCACUGCAGUGGCUGAAGCACUGCGGGUGUGUGACAUGGGCCUGUUGAUGGGGGCAGCGAUCCUUGACGACAUCCUUCUCAAAGUCGUCUCAGUCCUCCAGGCAUACCUUCUCCCAGGAAAGCUGCCUGCCUGUGGCCCCCACCAGGAGCAGCCUGCCACCAAGAAGGCGAGGUGUGACACUAACUCAGCUCCAGAUGUGGCGUUAGAGCGGGCAGUACCCAGGCUUCGAUGCCCAACUCUGCAGCACUUCAGGAAGCACUUUCUCGUUCCUGGGAGGCCUGUGAUCUUGGAAGGUGUGGCUGACCACUGGCCGUGCAUGAAGAAGUGGAGUCUGCAGUACAUCCAAGAGACUGCUGGCUAUCGCACUGUCCCGGUGGAAGUGGGCUCAAGGUACACAGAUGAAGACUGGUCCCAGACCCUCAUGACCAUCAAUGAGUUCAUCCACAAAUACAUCCUGAGUGAGGCAAAGGACAUUGGGUAUCUUGCUCAGCACCAGCUAUUUGACCAGAUCCCAGAGUUGAAGCAGGACAUCAGCAUCCCUGAUUACUGUUGCCUGGGUGAUGGGGAAGAGGAAGAGAUCACUAUCAAUGCCUGGUUUGGUCCCCAAGGAACCAUCUCCCCACUGCAUCAUGACCCCCAGCAGAACUUCCUGGUCCAGGUAUUAGGUAGGAAGUACAUCCGGCUGUAUUCCCCGCAAGAGUCUGAGGCCGUGUACCCUCAUGAGACACACCUUCUUCAUAAUACCAGCCAGGUUGAUGUGGAGAACCCCAACCUGGAAAAGUUCCCCAAGUUCACUGAGGCCCCAUUCCUGUCCUGCAUCCUGUCCCCAGGAGAGACUCUCUUUAUACCUGCUAAGUAUUGGCAUUACGUGCGCUCCCUGGACCUGAGCUUCUCAGUCAGCUUCUGGUGGUCAUAGCCAGGGCCAGCAUGCAAAGGACCCACAGAUGGAUCCUUCUGGACUCUAACAGUCCUGCUCCCCCAGCCACUUUCUGUAAGCCACAUGUAUGGCAGGGCUGCUGUGUGUACCUAGGCCAUCCAGAUUAUGGAUGCUUCAUUUCUUUUCAUUGUAAUUUAAAAUUUUUUCAAUAACAUAAAUA